AUGGACAUUAAAGAACCUCAUAAGAGCAAAAAGAAGGUUUCCUCUGGCAAUAGAAAGCCAAGUGACAUUAACAGAAAGGAUACUAAGAAAAGUGACUGUACUUCCAAAAAGGAUGCUAAGAAAACAGAAGUUAAUCAAUGGAAGAAAAAGGGUGACCAUAAGGUACAAGUAUUAUCAUCUAGCGGUAUCAAUAGCCCUUUAAAACAUAAGCAAAGUGCUCAAGAAACCAAUAGAUCAGGCUCUUCUAGACGAUUAAGGAAAAAGACAAGAUCGAGCGCUGAGGGCGCCAGUAAAUGUGAUAAAGGUAGCGGUUCUUAUGGCUACAAGCUGGUAGUGAGGCUUCUUCCCCCUAAUCUUACCAGCGAGAUGUUUUUUAAGUCACUUCAAGCCAAUCUUCCUAGCGAUACAUUCUUAGAUGAAUUUACAACUGAUCAAUAUUUUGUUCAGGGACAUUACUCUAAAAAGCCAUUUAAGCUGCCCAAAUACUCUAGGUGCUAUUUUACAUUACCUGAUAUGAACAAUUUGCAGGUGUUAGCUAACAUUCUGAAAGAUAUGGCGUUUGUAGAUGAUCAUGACAACUCGCUAGCUCCGAAGUUAGCGUUAUCACCAUAUGUGAAGAAGAUGGGGAGUGAGGACUUGAAAAAGCAUGUUAAACAGCAAAGAAAGCACGAGGGUACUUUAGUGAAUGAUGUUCUUUUCCAAAAUUUCAUGAAAUCAGUUGCACUAAUUGCGGAAAGUGGUGGAGAGUAUCAGUAUCAAGAUUUACGCAUAUUGAACCCGAUAGAUGACGAACUGAAAAGAAGGCUCAAACGAAGUGAAAUUAUUCAAAAGCAAGCGGAAAAAGCCAUAAAUGACUUAGCUGGUAUUGAUGAUCCUGCUACUACAAAGGAGGAGAAGAGCAAGAAGGGGAGUAAGGCGGCUGGGAAAUCAGCUUCCACGACGAAGGGUAAUAAUCAAUGUCAGGCUGUAAAUCAAGAAGGAGGAAAGAAGAAAUCCGAAUCUAAGGAGGCAAAAAAAGUUGCCAAGAAGAAGAAAGCAGAUAAAAAGAAGAAGCCAUUUAAGUUUGACAUGAAAAGUGAUAGUAACAGCGCUCCAGUGUCAACACCGGCUUCCCCUCCUAACGGUAAUGUCUAG